ACUUGUUGAAUUAGCAUUACCAAAUAUGGAGGGAAAUAAUAAUAUCCACAAAAUGAUUGUAUUUGAAUUCUAAAAAGGGGAAAAUAAAAAGAAAAGCAAAUUGAAGUGGCACAACCGGGCACCCUUCCUAAAUGAAGAGUAAUCGUAUAAAUGACUGUAUAUGUGUUUAAUACUGAAGAGGACUGUAUUCCUCGUGAUCGGAGAAGGCAGAUCCCUGGAAGACUGUUCCCGUUAGUCACGUGGGUUCUUUUGACUACCACCAUCUCUUCAAUUACCCCCUCUUCUCAUUCUCUUACUAUAAAUACUCCUCUCUCUCCCCUCCCUUACCUUCAAUUCAUUCCUCUCCUUCAUUAUUCACUUCCUUCACUUUACUCUUCUUUUCUUACGUAUAUUCCACGACAUUUCGUUGUGAAUACGGUUCACCAUCCAAAAAGAAACAAACCCACUACCCGACAAAAAUAUAUAUUCGUCUUACUUCAUUUCAUCUCCUUCAACUCGAAGUGAAAUAAGCUAGAGAUUGAUCGAUUAUAAUAAAUAUGGUUGGUCCGUGUUCAUCUUGUGGUCCUUUUAAUCAGUACUGCGGCCACCACUCAGCCGCGUACUGGCCGAUGCAACAAUACCCUCAAUACAACAACAACAACAACAACAACGCUGCUUCUUAUGAUGAUGAUGAGCCUGAUUACAUGUACUCUUCUUCAUCUUCGUCGUCGUCGUAUUCGUCUGUCGAUUGUACUCUUUCGCUUGGUACACCUUCCACUCGUAUUACUAAUGAACAAACUAAUAAACCUACUCCUCAUCGUAAUAGCGUGUCUUCUUUUUGCUGGGAUUUGCUUCAUCCUAAGCAGUCUUCCAGCUCUACUCCUAAGGCUAGCCGUAGCAGUAACAAUCAUGCUGCGGCUGCUAGUGGUGGCGGUGAUCCUCUUUUUGUUCGCCGUUGUGCUAAUUGUGACACCACCUCUACUCCUCUUUGGCGCAAUGGUCCUCGCGGUCCCAAGUCAUUAUGCAAUGCUUGUGGAAUAAGGUUCAAGAAAGAGGAAAGAAGGGCGGCAGCGGCCACAACUACGGCCGCAGCCGCCAACAACGGUCCAACUGCUGGAAUGAUGGACCCACACUACUACAACGGGUCAUGGGCUCACCAAUACAGUCAGGGCACUCCACAGAAAAUGCAAUGUUACGGAGCUCCGAACGAGUUCCGGUUUAUUGAAGAUGACCGCGGGUCGGAUUCGGGUAUUCAGUUCCUCUCUUGGCUAACCCAUGACAGACCUAGUGGUCUUGUUCAUGACUUCACCCGUUAAGUCGUAAUGAUUUCACAGUCAUUAAUUCAAAAAAAGAAAAGAAAAAACAAAAUUUUAUUUAUAGUAAGAAGUGAUGAAGAAGAAUGAUUUUGCCAAUGAUAUCGGAAAAGGAAGAGGACAUGCAAUGACGACGACGUUUCAUGGAACAAAUGAGUUUUUGUGGAGGUUCAUGAUGGUGAUGGUUAUGAUUCUCUAAGCUGGUCAGAGUCUUCAAUAACUUCCUUUUUCUUUUUUAUUUUAUUUUUUUUAUAAAAAGAAAAAAAAAAAAAACAACUAAGUUGUCGAUGACUAGACUACUACCCUUUAAAUUAAUUUUCCACUUUUUUAUUUUAUUUUAUUUAUAAUUUGUUCUUUUAGAGGCUAGAUAGAGUGCAAAUGGGAUAAUUCUAUGUUGUUAGCUAGAUCUUCACCUUAACUUUAAUUCUCUUUCUUUUUGGUUUUCCACUUUUGUCAGUAAGUUAGUAUAUAUUUUUAUAUUAUAAGUAAGUUAUAACCAACGAACCUUUUGUUAGUCUCAAUAUUGUGUAAGCUAUUAGAGCAUUUAGUACUAGUCUUUUUUACUGUAUGAUGAAAAUGAUAUAUGAUGAUCAUUAUAUGAA